AUGAACUUCGGAGACAAUUUCAAGGAAAGAAUGGGAGAAUGCACCAAGGAAACGGCCUUCGCCAUUAUGGAUCACUACUACAGUCAAGGCGGCAACUUCAUCGACACCGCGAACAACUACCAGCUUGGCCAGUCCGACGAAUGGGUAGGCGAAUGGCUUGCUUCUCGCGGCAAUCGCGACGACAUUGUGCUAGCAACGAAGUACAGCAGCGCUUACAUGACGCACGAUAAGCAGCGGCUCCAGUCCAACUACGGCGGCAACAGCAUCAAGUCACUCAAGCACUCUGUCGAAAAGUCUCUGAAAGCGCUACAGACCUCAUACAUCGACAUUUUGUACCUCCACUGGUGGGACUAUUCUGCCUCUAUUCCAGAGGUGAUGCAUUCGCUUAACGAUCUGGUCGUAUCCGGCAAGGUGCAUUACCUGGGCAUCUGGGAUACCCCUGCCUGGGUGGUAGCUAAGGCGAACCAAUAUGCGAGGCUGUCGGGCUUUCGCUAG